AUGUCACUGCUUCUCCUUCAGCUGUUAGUGCUCUCAUGUCUUGGAUCCACAGAGCCACAGGGAAAUUCACAGCAAAGGAAAAGCAGAAAGUCAUUUCAGCACCUUUUGUAUCCAGAUAAAAAUCUUAAAAGUCAGAGUUUUCGUGAGCUGGUAGGUGAGAACCCAGUAGCUGUUGAGGACAAGCUGGAAAUACCAAGCUUUUUUGUAGCAAUUCCACAGACAGCAUCUGAAAGUGAGAAGAAAGAGGAGAAAAAAAUGUCAAGAUUCAUCCUUCCCAAUGCAGAACUUUAUGCAGACCAAGGCCUGAGAACCUGGGCAGCACCCAGAGAGAUCUCUCCUGUGGAAAACUUCUCUCCACCCCAUUAUUCCAGCAAGAGGGAGUCUGAGUCUCCCUACAGAAAAGAUGCCAAGAAAUUUUGGGACCACUUCAUCUUAAAGAAAAAUUCAGCAUCUGAAGAGGUUGUCCUGCCAAUCAAGAGCAAUGAAAUGCAUCAAGAAAACUGCAGAACCCUGCCUUUUGCCCAGGGUGUUACUCAUAACAGCUGUGAGAAGGUGACAGUACAGAAUAAUCUGUGUUUCGGAAAAUGUAGUUCCUUUCAUGUUCCUGGUCCAGAAGAUCAUCUUUAUACCUUUUGUUCUCAUUGCUUGCCCAGUAAGUUCUCCAUGAAGCGCCUGAAUCUCAACUGCACUGGUUCUGUCCCAGUGGUUAAAGAAAUCAUGAUUGUAGAAGAGUGUAAAUGUAAGACUCGGAAGAUUAAAGAUGCUACAACUGGAUCUGAACUGUCAAACUUACAUGCAAAUGUACAUGAGCACAAUUAACCAAUGCAAAGUACCUCUUAACACAAUCAUAAGAAUUCACCAGUGAAAAAACCCAAACAAGUAAAGCUGUCAUCACUCUAGUACAUAAAAAUAUUAAAAAUAUAGAUUUUCUACAUGAACUUCUUCUCUGUUCCAACAAUAACUUUACCUAAAAUG